UUCACUGGCGUGCCGCUCAAUCACAAUAGUGAUGUAGUUUCCAGCUCUGAUAACUAUAAGAUAGGUGACAAUAGAGUAGGUUUAGCUUGCAGGUUGUGCAUCUCAGUGAUCUAGUUGUACGGCUGUGUUGACUGAACGCUAAUUGUACAUCUCAGAAAGACACACAGACUCCAUUUGUAAGUGUUAGUGCGGGUUGAACGGUGUUAGAAACUCCAAACCUUUGAGAUAAACGAGUAUUGGUAACUACGUGUAUGGAAUUGCCCCACCCACUAAAUCUGACCUUUCCUCACAUAUCAUGUUUCUAAUCGAGGUCAGCAAGGACAUGACCACAAAAUUUCCUGAAUGUAGUGCAGCGACCGAUACUGAAGGCAGAUACAAUAACAAGUUGAAAUGGUGGGUUGUCUUCAUGAUAUGGGUCAUCAAGGCAAAUGUGUACGGAAUUACCCCGGAUUACCCUACACUUUUGAUUGAUCUGGCAAUUGAGAAUUUUAGUGUAUUGACCUUGUGCUUUAUUCUGUUGUACAUUGUUUUAGUAUUAUCUGUUUGAUGUUGACUUUCUCAGGUGUGUCCAACUGUAAUUUUGUUUUGGUUAUUGUUGCUAAACAAUAAUUGAACAGUGAUGAUAGAAUUAUCAUUGGUGCCAAAGCAGCCUGGAAGUUUAUUGGAGACGACUGAAAUGACAUACUGUGAAGUCUAUUAUCCGAACUACCAACCUAAACCUACUCUUGUAUUAUCCCACCCCCAUGGCUCAUCAGCUUAGUCUGUAAAGUAGGGGAUGGGGUCUUGCUGGAGGAUAUGACACUUGUAGGUAUUAAUUGGCAGAAAUGUACCUGUGUUUGACUAGUUCCUGCAACUAAGUUUGCUGGAACAAACUUUACUAUUACCAAUAAUAUCUACUAAUCCUCUGUCAUCUCCGAUGUACUAAAGCUUUUUAAAUUCUGCGUGCGUCAGAGUCUGAGUCAGUAAACAACAAGUGUGCAGCUUCUUGUUUCAGUUCACUUUUGCUCAAAGGAAAAUGGUCAAGGAGCUUAUCAUCCGAUUAAAACCAAUUAGUUGGAGCUUUGGUGUGAAAAUGUCAGGCACUGGGCUUAAAGUUGGGGAUGAGGCUUGAUGGGUAUGGGGUGAUACAGGAGUAAGUACGGUAAUAACAAAAAUUGAGGAUUUAUGUAUUUGUAAAAUCAAAUAGUAUUUAUAAUAAAACAGAACUGUUUUUCACACAAUAUACAUGUACUUUUGAAGAGAAUGUAGGUAUCUUCGACUGAGGUAGACUAAUGCUUUUAUGUAGCCACGGCGAUCGAACUGGUAUACUGUACCUCUUUCAAGACCUGUGUGGCACAGCAGCGGGGCUGCACAUGUGGUGGCAAGCAUGCUGUUACAAAUGUCCUCAUUUCUACAAUUUGGCAAAUGGCUAUUUUGAGAAGUAUUCAAGAAAUGUCAGUUAUGUCAUGAACUUCAACUGUGAUGAGGGAUAUCAUCUUGAGGGCUCGCGAAUUUCUACUUGUAUGAGGUCAGAAAACAAUGUGACUUACUGGACUAACCCUCUUCCAAAAUGUGUGCGCGGUAUGAUUGUUGUAACAUGUCAACCACUUCCGCAGCAGUAUGGCAAGUGUGUUGCACCUACAUUGACAGCUGGCAGUGAAGUUCAUUGUUUCUGUGACUUUGGAUACCGAAUGGUCGGAAACUGGAUGGGAACUUGCUUGAAGACCGGAGCAUGGAGCAACAGCAACGUUACGUGUGUUCCUAAGAAAUGUCCACCAUUGCGACAGCUUGCGAACGGUAAAUGCCAGGAGACUGGACAUACAUUCGGCAGUAAGCGCAGUUGUUUUUGCAACACUGGGUAUACAAUUUUGGGAAGUCCUUCGGGAACCUGCUUGGAUAGUGAAAAAUGGAAUAACAGUGAUAUUGUCUGUGCUCCAGAUGCCUUAUUGUCUCUAAACUGUUCAAACACAUUGGAACCAGUGCUCAAUGGCUACGUCAGUUACAGCAAGACAGAUUUCACUCUUGGAACCACAGCAUCAUUUCUUUGUCAUGGUGGUUAUGUGAUUAAUGGAACUGCAACUUUAUUAUGCACGUUGGAAGGCUCUACAGCAGUGUGGUCACAUAAGCCACCGACUUGUGACAUAAAAAGUUGCCCUGUGUUGUCUCAACCGCUAAAUUGCAACUUGUCAAGCUUUGACAACCACUAUGGUGUUUCGGUGACUUACAACUGUCAUUGGGGAUUUCAACUGAGAUAUGGAAGCAAGACAAGAAUGUGUCAAAGCUCAGGCCAGUGGAGUGGCACAGAACCGUAUUGCCAGCAUGGAUGUGCCGAGUCAAAUUGCAGAGUAACAGAAGAAUGUGUCAUCGACAGCAAUGGGCAAGGCGUGUGCGAAUGCUUGCCAAAAUCACAAUGUCCUUCUGAUUAUACUCCAGUUUGUGGCACUAAUGGUGUACAGGAGAACAACAAAUGUCUUUUGAAAGUUAAAUCUUGCCAUUCUCAUGAACAUGAUGUGGACAUUGCUGCGAAUGAUACCUGUGAAUUUGGUGGAGUGUGUAGUUUGAGCAUACCUAGUGCACCUAGUGGGAUCACAUGUAGAGCCACUGUUUAUCGUUUCUGGUUUAAUUCUACUUCUCAGCAGUGUGAACGGUAUGAACAUGGAAACUGCUUAGAAGGACACAACACUUUCUUUACAGAAGUUGACUGUGCACAGAAAUGCAUUCAAACUGACGUUUGCAAUCUUCCCUACGAUGCUGGCAAAUGCAAUUAUUUAAAUGAGGAGAGAUAUUUCUUCAACACUACAACACAACGGUGUGAGUCAUUCACAUAUGGCGGAUGCUUUGGAAAUGAAAACAAUUUCCUCAAGGAGCAACAGUGCAAGGAAAAGUGUACAUGUGUAUCACCUCAUACUUUGGCAGUUGCUCUGAGCAGACGUGAUGCAGUCGUCUUGGUGCGUGUUUCGUCUGCUAGAAAAGAGAAGAAUGGUGACGUGAGCUACACAGUAAAAGUAGCAGCCAUGUGUAGUUCAGCCCAAGGUGUAUCCAUUCCUGUGGAUGCUACCAAGACAUCAUUGCUGGUGGUGGAAUCUACACAGGGUCGGCUUCAGUGUCCUCAGUUUGUGAAAGGCAAGACUUAUGGAGUCGCAGUCAAUGUAGUGUCCUCGUCGGCUGAUCUGCUUGAGCUGAGAGUAAAUAAAAGUUUCUACGUGGAAGAGGCAACAGUUUGUCCUAGCUAGUAACCAACAUCGGGACUUGAUCUACGAGGAGGCAUUUAGAUCAGACGUUAUUUUGUUGUACAGGGUAUUGCUAGUACAUGACUGUAAUUUGGUAUACCUUACGGUAUCAUUAGGGUUUGUGUAAGUACUGUUGACUUGUUUGUUGGCAUGAUUGCAAUAGACUCUAAAUGUUUAGAUUUGAAGAACUAUCUUA